AACAGGUAAGUGUAAGUGUAAGUGUAAGUCUGGCAGCGCGGAACGCUGGCUAGCAGCGAGGCCUUUCGAGACGUCACAUAGGCCGAAGUUCUUCAGUUGGGAACCAAAAAUGGAUUCUGAAAUGAAGAGGAAACAGGUUGCAUCCGCUCUCAUGCUGGUUGCAUAUUUUACCACAUACACCCCAGUGACGUCAGAAUCGAUAACAGAAUCCGCAUUACAGACAGCGCUUUCUUCCAGAAGUCCGCUUGCAGAAUCCGACAAGCAGCGUUUGGCAGCAUAUCCUUCGCACGAAGAAGUACAGUAUACUCAAAAUCCAGAAAUUUACCCUCCAUAUUAUCAAUAUCAAUAUCCUCCAAAUCCAUAUUACGGAUAUCCUAACAGCAGAUACUUUUAUCCUCCAAAUGGCUAUCAGAAUGGAAUUGGUGGUUAUCCCCAAAGUGUAUUAAACCGUUAUCCUAACUAUCCGCUGUACGGAUAUCAACUCCCAAAUGGGUAUCCAUACAGGACUGGUUAUCAAUAUCCAAAUGUUUAUUAUCCAUAUCAGUACCGAAGGUAAGGUGACAAACGUGAAGAUACUAACAAAGAGACCAGGUACGCAAAGCAACAAAAUCUUGUCAGUGAAUGGGUGACCUUCCUCAAAAUCAGAAAGAUAACCCCCAAACUUUCAUAGCAAUAAUUCUAAUGCUCUCGUUUUUGUCUUGUGUAACUGCAGAGAGAUCAAAUAGAGAAACGGCAAAACAAUUCUGCACUGCAUUUUUUGUAAAUAAACUAUUCGAUUAUGUAACCUAUUGUGCCAAUUCAAUACCAGUGUUAAAAAAUAAGAAAACAUACGCCUAAAACAGAAUGUAUAUUAUUACGUUUAAUCGCCUCUAGGUAAAAUUAAAAUCAUAAUUAGCAGCCAAAAUAAUAUUGUGACAUGACGCCUAAAAACCGCAAUAUUGGAGUUGGAGCCAGGCGUCCGUUGACAGGCAACCGCUUGAAAGCCGGAAUAUCGAAGUCAAAGCAAACGUCCAUUGCAAGCCAAUAGCUGGGUAAACACUGUUCCCGCAUUGAAGUCAGAAAAGAUGACCAUUGCUAAGAAACGACUGGUUACACACGUUCGAGGGUUACGUUGUAAACAAAUAUACGGCAGGAGAUUUUGUUACCACUGUAAUUACAAUGGUUUCCGACAAAAUGCGAUCUCAAAAAUCAGAAUAUAAUCUUUCAAGGCUGUCUUCUAUCACAGCCGCUCAACAGUUAUAAGAAGCCGCCAGUCGGAGAGAGUUCAAGUAGAAGACUAGAGGCUGGAGCGCAGUGAGAGGUUUGUUACCAAGAAGGAGUAAAAUGAGUGAACUGUUGUAAUCAAAAGUAUUUGUAAUAGGGACGUCCAACAAAUCCGACAAUCAAAUCUAGAACCCACUAUUAUUAGCGACAAGUACCCCCCCUACACGUGACAAUAUUUUACCACACAGACCUACUGAUAUCCCGUAUAACACUAUACCAUAUUGUGCCUUCCAGAAUUACCGUCUGAAAAUUUAACAUUUAAUUUAUCUCCCAUUCUUGUAGUCUGUUGCUCGUUUCUAGAAACGCAGCCGUAAAGCGAACCUGUGCUUUAAGAGUCGGCCUGACUUGACGGGAGACCCAUCCGCCUUUUCCGCCCGACUUCGGACUCGUAAAGAAACGCGUUACAAUUAAAGUUUAGUGAAUAUUACAAAAGUGCAUAAUGACUGCGUGUGUGUGUGUGUGAGAGAGAGAGAGUAUGUAUAUGUAAAUAUUAUAAAGCACUGGAAAAAACAACGUGAAACUGAUACGGGUAUGCACACUAAAUAUGUGCAUACACACAACUUUAUAACAAUUUAUUAUGUGGUGUGAUGUGAAAUAUUCACCUUCAGUACUUAGUGUGUGUCCAUAUGCAGAAGUUUGGCAGACACUUCAAUACACAGUAAAAUCAAGUAGCAUCUGAAAUAAACGAGAUCUUUAUAACAUGACAAAAUAGACUAUUUUUACAAAUGUAGUAUAACAUCAAGAAGAGAACUAUUUUGGCUUCAUGAACGCUUAAGAGACAAAGAAAUAUUUUGUUAUUGUGAGCGUGAAUAUUUCUGUAGUGUAUAAUGGUGAUCAUGUACGCUAACAAAAUAUACAUAAAACCAUUA